AUGCCACCGCUCAGUCCCCUGGACCCAGACACGGCCCACCCCACCCUGGUCCUCUUGGAGGGUCCCCAGGGGGCUCACUGUGGAGAGGAGCCCCAGUCCUACCCCCUCCACCCCUUGCGCUUCGACUCCGUGGCCCAGGUCCUCUGUAGGGAGGGCCAGUUUGGAGGGGCCAGCUACUGGGAGGUGGAGUGGAGGGGAGGAGGGUGGGUGGACAUUGGGAUGACGUACAAAGGGAUCGGACGUAAAGGAGGCGGAAAACCCUGUCUGCUGGGACGGAACGAGAACUCAUGGCGUCUGAGGUGCACGCACGCCGGGUACGCCGCGUGGCACGAUAACCGGAAGACGACCGUAGCUGCGCCCCUGUGCCCGCGGAUCGGCGUGUUUCUGGAACACCAGAAGGGAGCGUUGUCCUUCUAUAGUGUGGCGUCGGACGCCGUUUCCCUGCUCCACACGUUCAGGUGUCCGUUCUCUCAGRCGCUGUACCCAGCGUUUCGGUUGGACCUGGACGCCACACUGUUGAUAUGUCCACAUGAAACACACAACGGGAACUAACCUCUUCUGUUUCUGGAUCUCUUAUUUCCACCCAAUGGGAACUCUUCCUGCGUACUGCCGAACAAAUACCAUUGAUUACAAGUAAACACAAAUGUGCUUUUCAGCCCCAGAAAGGACCCAACAUGAACCCUACCUAACUCUUUACUGCUCCCUCUCUCUUUCUGAACACCUUCUCUUGACCCAAUGGGAACCCAUCCUAGAGCCCAAARCUAACUCUGCUGCCCUCUCUUGUUAUGGCCAGAACCCUGCUUUAGCUUUACCAGGUACCUCAACUCCUCCACUGUGUUUAAAAUGAACCUCCUAAUAGCUACAACCAACAACUGAUUGUUUACUCAUUGUUGUUGCUCUACAUUUCAGUCAUUUAGCACACACUCUUAUUCAGGGCAACGUACAGGAGCAAUUAAGGUGAAGUGCCUUACUCAKGGGCACAUCGACAGAUUUUUWACUUAGUCAGRUCGGGGAUUCAAACCAGCAACCUUUCAGUUACUGGCCCAACACUCUUKACCGCUCGGCUACCUGCCUCCCUGAAAUGUCGACUCAAGAUGUCAACUCAGCAUAGGUCCACGGUAAGGGAUUAAUCAUUUACAUUGACAUCAAUCAAUCAUUUUUGUAUUGUUGCC